CAGAGACGUGUGACGUGUCCUGAAUCCACACAAAUCUAUGAAGUAUCGAGGGCAAGACUUGAUCCGGAAUAAGUCGUCUCAGACUCUGUUUCCAAAAUUCGUCCCCCGUCGCUUUGAGAGUUCGAUAUUAAACUCUGACCAGUCGGUCCAUUAAAAACACGUGUGCUGAAAAUGAAGACAAAUUUAAAUACAAGAGUUUCUGAACUUGUGCCGUGCAAUUUUUAUUACAGCUGAACGUUUCAACAUGUCUGUUUUCAGUUAACCAGUUUUUGGCCGACUUGCAAAAAUGUGUGUUUUAGUAACACGAAGAUAACUCAGGAACCUGAAGGGAGUAAACUAGGAUCUCUGGCAUCAUGAUCAAACAUCACAUUCCUCUAAAGGUUACUGGGAUUCAGACACGACCGCAUAAUGUUUCGUUAUUUAUGCAUCGCCUGAGCUGGGUGGGUUCCACUUUGAGGUUAUCUGACGCAGAAUGUAACUAAAUACACUGAUUCACGUUCUGUGGAUUUGAGGAACUGGUACUUUCCUAUCUGACAGUUUAUUCUUCCACUUUUCUAUAUUUUGUAGCCAAAACUUGAUCUUUUUCCUCAGCUGUGUUUGAUAACUUCAGAUCCUGAUGCUGCAGAUCAGAUUUAAGAACAAAUCAAUAAAAACAGCAGAUAAUUGGUCGAUCCACAGUAAACAGUCUCUACAUACUGUAUACAAAUACACAGUUAACUUUAACUUGCACGUUUGUUACUUGAGUACAUAUUGAAAUGACUUUGCUGUAUUAAGUCUGUUAGAACAGUAUGUUAACUAGGUUAAUUUGUACUAACCAGCUCAACUAAACUCAAACAUGGUUGAGUUUAAAAAUGUAGUUAUCAGAUCCACACGAGGGACUUUCACUUUCACCGAGAAAACAUUUUAACAUGACAUCCUUACUGAAACUCAAAUAUGACUUUCGGUACCCUAAACCUCAUUAAAAAUCAAUUUGACAUUUUAGUGAAGACGUUGUGUCAGUCUGAGUUUAAGGAAAACAUCCAGAAAAAGGUUGUUUUCUUGUAUUUGAACACUUCAUUCACUUCAGUAGGAGGUGUGGUGCUGCAGAAAGGAGAUAUUAUUAUGUAGAUGUGGUGUUUAGAUGUUUGAUGUAUUCUGAGGGGAGUAUUGGAAACAUUAACGUUUGACCAGCAGGCAGUAAACCCUGACGGUCUGUAAGCUGUUCUGUAAGCCCAGCCCAUCCAGCCCAGGAGUGACACUGACUGCAUUACAGCUCUGCAGCUCAGGUUUGCGCUGCUGUAUUUGGCUGUCUCAGGUUUCAGGACUGAUCCUGUAUCCUGUAGUUGUUUUCUUUCUCCACAUCGCAGAGUCAACGUGGAUGAACACGCAGUUCAGCUGUGACAUGAGAAACAACCGACGGUGUCUUUUUGUGAAGGAGGACUUGUAGCAUUUGAAGAAUGAACAACAGGCACCAGGAAACAUCACCAGACAUCCAGGAAACAGAGUUUGGCGGUUCUGCCGGGUCCAAACAGAGGAGGACCAUCCACUUCUCCAGCGGUGAGACUCUGGAGGAGGAAGACCGCGAGGAGGAAGAGGAGCAGUCGUCGGACAGGCCGCCCUUCAGAGACCCUGCACAGAGGGUCAGCUUCUCAUUCAAGAAUGUGGCCAUUCUAGUUGGGAGGAUUUCCCUGCUGACUUGUGAUUUCCUUGGAGAGAGACUAGCUGGUGCUCUGGGACUGAAGGCAGCCAAAUACCAGUAUGCCAUAGACCAGUACAAUCGUGACCACAAGACGACAAGCAGCCAAACCACCGACAAACUGAGGGACGGGGAGGCCAAGACCAUCCGCCUCUCUCAGGGAGCGGACGGAGCGCAGUAUGGAGCUACAGCAGACACGAGAUCGCCUCAGAGCUGUGACGACAAACUCAUGGACGGGAGCAGAGGAUGUCACAACAGAGGCUAUCAAGAAGACGAGGACUGUUUGGAAUAAAAGCAAUAACCUGACGUGGUCUGAUGCUGAAGCCUUCGUUUGCACUGAGUAUGUUGGAUGCAGAAACGUUUUCUGAGAGAAAUGAUGGGGCUUGUUUUUGUGUUCAUGUUAAUGUUACAGCAGAACUAUGUGGAAAUAAAAUGACAAAAUGAAAGUUGUCUUUGUUUGGAUACUACUGUGAAAAUGUGAUUUAUUGUUUAAAAUGGUGUUGGACUUUUCUUCACGUAGUUACCAAAAAUAAAAUGAAAAAAAAUAAAAUAAAUAAAGGUCGGCUGAAAA